CUGCAUAUAAACUAGAUUGCGAGAAAAGAGAGGGCAUAAAGCCUCUGUUUAUAAAUGAGGUAGCUCCAUGAUCUUCGUUUAGCUUUAACUAACUCUGGUUUGACAUCAGGGAUCUAGAUCAGACUAAAGAUGCUUCAUCCUAGAGUACUUAAUGUAUUCGGGGUCAUGAUUAUGUUAUUAUCAGUAUCAGCUCCACUAUUGCAGCUUGCAGCUCAAACGAAGCCUCGUUGCACGAGUCCAUGUGGACGCCUAGAGAUCCCUUACCCUUUUGGCACCAUAGAUAGAGGAAGCCAUUGCUAUUAUGACGCUGAACCAUCUCUGUCAUUUGUCAUCUUCUGCGAUAACUCCACAGACCCUCCUGUGCCUUAUUGGGGCAGCAAAUCGUCCAAUAUCCCAAUAGUUGAUAUCUCAGUGGACAAUCACGAGAUGCGCGUCAUGAUGUUUGUGGCUCAUGACUGUUACAAUUCAUCAGGAGAUAAUAUUAGGUCGAAUUCACCCUCGGCUGGGCUUGCCAAUUUCAAAUUAUCCAGUACCAAGAACAGGUUCACGGUAGUUGGUUGUGAUAGCUAUGCCUACUUCAUGGGGCAGCAGAACAACAUCUUCUCGACCGGGUGUAUGUCUCUCUGCAACACCAUCACUGACGUAAACAGCGGGUCAUGUUCGGGCAUCGGAUGCUGCCAGGCCAGCUUGCCAAGGAACAUGAAGGCCUUCGACAUCUCCCUCGGCAGUUACUACAACCACACCACCGUCUACGACUUCAACCCAUGCAGCUUUGCAUUUGUUGCCGAGAAUGACUACUUCAACUUCUCCAUCGCAUCUCUUAAGAACAUAACUGAGGAGAAGAUGCCUACGGUUCUUGACUGGUCCGUCGGGAAGAAUCAAACGUGUGAGGUGGCCCGAAAGAAUAUGGCAAGCUAUAUGUGCAAGGAGAACACCAACUGUACAGAUGUUGAUCCUGAUAAUGGGGAGGUUACAAGGGGAAUCCUUACCUCUCCAGGCCAGAAGGCUGCCAUGAUAUUGAUGAGUGCAACAACUCAAAUCCAUGUCACGAGACAGCGUUGUGCACAAACCAGAUUUGCAACUUUAGUUGUCACUGCCCUGAAGGUUACAAAGGGGACCCAAGUAAAGGCGGCGCAGGUUGUAUACAUCAAAAGGAGUACAAAUUUCUCUUUAUUGCACUCGGCGUCGGCAUGGGUUGCUUGUUGCUCCUCCUUUGCGCUUCCUGGUUAGCUUUGGGACUCCGACAGAGGAAGGCAACACAAGAGAGGGAAAAAUUCUUCAAAGACAAUGGGGGCCUCAGGUUACAAAGACUCCUCUCCCAGCACCAAAGCUAUGUCGAGACGCUGAAGGUUUUCACCGCAGAGGAGCUCAGACGG